GCAUUGACCUUCCUCAGUUGUGCCAGCUCAGAGACACUGGGAACCUGGGCCAGAAUCCGACCCAGCAUCUGACUCCCUCUUCUCAGAGGGUUCCCCCUUUUCUCCUCUCCACUGUUAGAGACAGAUUUGAUCUGGUAUGGCCUGCGGGGGUCCACACCUGCUGCUACCACCUGUGCUGCUGCUGCUACUGGCCUCAGGUUCCUGGGUAAAGGGUGCUGUGCCUGAAGAACUUCACAGACACUCAGGACAGACUCUCUUCCUGCAAUGCUGGUACUCACCCAAGACAGGGCCCUAUCAGCCCAAAUCCUGGUGUGAGCAGACAUCUCCAAAUACGUGUACCUUAUUGGUCACCACCUCCAAGACCCAGACAGCAAUUCAGCAGUCUCGGUACAAAAUCUCGGAUGAGCCCAACGCUGGCUUCUUCAAUAUCACCAUGAAUCAACUGACACAGAAUGACUCAGGAUCUUACUGGUGUGGAAUCUACAACACUUCCAAAAACAUCAUCACUGUUCUCAGAAACAUCAGCCUGGUGGUAUCUCCAGCCCCAACCACAUCUCCUGUGUGGACCCUUACCUGGCUCCCAACAAGCACAGUUCUGAUCACUUCUCCAGAGGGGAACUCUGACCAUCCCUCCAUCAAUGGCUCUGAGACCAGGAAAUCAAGUGCCCCCCUCUGCCUUGGCUCAGCUGGCCCCAGACUCCUGGUCUUUGUUCUGUGUGGACUCCUCCUGACCAAGGGGCUGAUGCCGUGAGUCCCGUUUGUGCUCCUGACCUGCAGGUGCCACCGGACAGUAGUGAUGGAGGUUUCUGAUUGUCCCAGGCCAGCCCUGCCCAGGUCCCUUGGGUGCGUGAGCCGCAGCGUGGAUCCACGAGGAAUCCCGGUUCUUCCCCGUCCAGCUAUUGGGAGCCGCUCUAAGCAUCGGGCCCCACCUUCCCUUGAGGAAAGGCCAGUGCCAAGCCCGUUGGAGAGAACUUUCAGCCCCCCGAUCUCCCUGGUGGUGACCUCUCACCCCUGCACUGAGCCCUCUUACAUCUACUUCCGCCAUUGGGAAGACCCUGGCGGGGGUUUCUGCAUCCGGGUCAAUGCCCAGCUCAGCAUCUUCAGCUGCGCCGGCUCCUCCUCUCCAACACUCUGUGGUUCUCUCAGCCCUGCCUCAGCAGGUCUCCAGGAUGCCUCACGUUUUCCGUUUGUUCCCUGUGCUCUGCCUGAGAGUUCUAUGAAUUUCCUUUUGUGCUUAAUUAAAUUCAGCCUCUGAACUGAAA